UCAGACGAAAAGCAUUCCGUAAAAAAGCCACAUCAUUCCUUUGUUUGUUCUGAGGGCUCGAGGCAUUGCAGCCACAGCAGUCCAAUAAAAUUCAGUGUCACAACACGAUCAAUACGGCAAUAGCCAAAGAGCAAAGACAUAUCCAAACCAGGACGACGAUGCCCCGACGAGGUCCUUCCCUGCAAAAGCUCCUUUCUCGACGACAGCUCAAUGAGCAACAGUUAGAAAAGGUGGCAUCAGCACUUUUGGAAGGUAGCAAGAGCAGUACUCGACCACGCUAUGUCAAGGGCACCCACAAUGGUCGGUUUUUUCGAAUCAAGCUCCACCCCGAGCCAACACACUCCAAACCUUCCCAUUUGCCGCAGUUACCCCCGUCGGGUGGACCCUUUCCCCAUGGAUUCAAAACCGUCCUCCACAAUACAAAACCACACUCUGCGCCGAAUAAUAAAAACCAAAAAGCCGAAUCUGUGGUGGAGGAUUAUUGGCAGUUUGUCAAGGAAUGGAUGAAAGAGAAUUGGCCUACGGUGGUCCUGAACAUGGGAUCCGUGGCGACACUUAUUGGCUUUACCCGAUCCGAUGUCCUGGAACUACGCAUGCUCUCGGUGACGGGUUCGACGGCCAAUGUCAUUUAUAACUUUACACUGUCACCCACUCGGUAUCUGCCCGUUUGUUGGUCGGCAUUGUUUGCCACGGUGAAUGGAUUCAAGAUUCGAGAAAUUCUACAAGAACGACAUUCCGAGGUCCACAUGACACCCGAGCAAGAAGAUACCUACAUUCAGUUCUUCCUGCCACAUGGCAUUACGCCACGACAAUAUCAGGUUUUGGAAGAAUCCGCCGAGCAAGUUGUCGUCCCCAAGGGAAGUGCCAUUAUUCGACAAGGAGACGAAAUGGACUAUGUUUGUCUGGUGGUCAGUGGGUCCACUCGAGCGUCCAUUUCCGGACGUCGCUUGACGGCGGCGUCGGCCGUCUCACCCUCCUCCCUCGAGGAGGAAAAAGCGGGAGGCAAUUCGGGUGCUUGGAUUGGUGAAAUGGCAUUUCUCGAAACCUAUUGGACCAAAGAACAGCAAAGGAAACGCAUUAAUAAUACUAAGAAUCCCUCCACCAAGAACGAUGCUGCCGAAACCGACAAGAGCGCCGAAAACGUGGAUGAACCGACAAAAGCCAAAGAAGCCACGGCCAAUGCCACCAACGACACAGCAACCACCAAGCCACCACCGCCACCAGAAUCGAAACCAAAAGUGUCCAACAAGCCCGUGAAUCGGUAUACGAUUGUUGCAGUGGAGGACUGCCUCGUUUGGAGAUGGAAAUUCGAACAAGUCGAAGCCAUGAUGUCUAAGAGCACCGACUUUCGGGCCGCGCUUUCUAGAGCCAUGACCAGUGCCAUUGUAUCCAAAGUUAUCAACUUUACCGUCGGCAAAUCAACGGCGCUUCCCACCUGGUCCACCUGGCUGGAUGAUUGGAGGUACAAUGCCGGGGCUAGGGUUAAUGUCAAGACGGAAGAGCUGGCUCCUCCCGAGCAAGACAAACCAUCUGAGACCGAGAAUAAAGUGGAAGCUGCAAUUGCUUCGAGCACGUAGAAAGUUUAGAAGAUCAACACAACUAAAUAGAUUCAUCCUAUAUAUAUUAUAGAGAGCCAGUCAUUUUUCGAG